AUUUACGAAAGGGGGGGAAAGGGUUGCUUUAAAAAUUAACAAACAAAUUACUGAAUGAAAAGGUCAAUAGAGGAAAAGCGAAACUGUCCCUGGAAUGCAAACAGUUAAUUGAUGAGGAGAAGCUGUUUGUCGGCUCUUUAGUUUAGUAAAACUGAGCCUGUUACUGGUGAGGAGAGGUCACGAGACUCCAGACGAGGAAGUGAAUGACACAGUGCUGAGGAAACAGUGGAGGGAUGAUCGCAGCACAAGGACUCCAUUGAAGAAGGAACUUUCUCAGAGGAUACUGAGGGGAGAAGUCCCCAGAUGAAGACAUGUGACUGUGUCGUAACGCGUAAGGAUUGCCCAUGGGCAGACGUACACCUGGAGUGACGCAAGAAGGCACUGAGGACGCCGCUGGCUGUUUGAAUUAUUGCACUUGUUUUUGUUAUUGAUGUAAGCGCAGGUUAUUCUUUAAUAAACGUCCCCCUGCUUUUUACAUACUACACUAUUGGAGGCUCUCUGUUUUCUCUCUCUCCCCCUGAAUGGAGCUUUAUUAGGGAUUAAUCGAGGAGGUGUGCACCGAGUUAACUAGCACCAUAGAGGGAAGGCUAUAGACAGCUGGAGAGGUCGUAGAAGCACCAGUGAAGUGUGGCAGGUGGGAAGAUCUGUGGCUGUGAGGAGGUGUAUGAUGCAAAGUGACCCUGGAUGCUUUUGACACUUGGUAUUGAGGAUAUGAAGAUGUUGGCUGGGUAAUAAAAAAGAAAACAGUUGGCAUCCUCAAGAAAGAAGCAACUUUUGAAGAGGAAGACCUGGAAUUACUUUCAAGGGCAAAGUGGUUUUCCUGGAGGACUGGACCUCUAAUCACUUCCUCUAAUAAUGGCAUCCAUUGAUCCAUAUCAGUAUAUAAUAGUUGAACACCAGUAUUCUCAUAGAUUUACAGUAACUGUAAUUAAAGCUACCAAUGUCACAAAAGGAACCUUUGGAGAUAUGCUCGAUACUCCUGACCCUUAUGUGGAAUUAUUCAUUUCAUCCGUACCGGACGGCAGAAAAAGAACAAAGCAUUUCAACAAUGAUAUUAAUCCAGUUUGGAAUGAAUCAUUUGAAUUUAUUUUGGACCCAAACCAGGAUAAUAUAUUGGAGAUAACACUAAUGGAUGCUAACUAUGUGAUGGAUGAAACUUUGGGUACAACAACAUUUCAAAUUUCUUCACUAAUACCUGGAGAGAAAAAAGAGGUUCCAUUUACAUUUAACAAAGUUACAAAGGUUUUUCUAGGAUUCUCGUUACAGGAAUGCUCAUCCACUGAUCUGCGAUUCAGCAUGGCUUUGUGUGAUCAAGAAAAACUUUACCGGCAAAAAAGAAAGAACACAGUCAUCAAUGGAAUUAAGAAACUUUUGGGACCUGAAAAAAGCAAAGACCUGCAUUCAGCUUCAAGAGAUGUACCUGUUAUUGCAGUUUUAGGCUCUGGAGGUGGAUUCCGUGCAAUGGUUGGCUUCUCUGGAGUCAUGAAAGCUCUGUUUGAAUCAGGGGUCUUAGACUGUAUAACGUACGUUGCUGGAUUGUCUGGAUCUACAUGGUAUAUGUCUACACUUUAUUCUAAUCCAGAUUUUCCAAGCAAAGGACCAAAGGAAAUAAACAAGGAGAUUAUGAAGAAUGUCAGUCACAGUCCCCUACUUUUGCUGACACCACAAAAAGUGAAAAGCUACGUUGAAGCUUUGUGGAAAAAAAAAAGUGCUGGGCAGCCAGUUACAUUUACAGAUGUUUUUUCUAUGCUUAUUGGAGAGACACUUAUUAGAGACAGAAUGAACAGCAAGUUAAGUACCAUGCAGGAGAAAAUAUGUGAUGGUCAGUGCCCAAUGCCAUUAUUCACAUGCCUUCAUGUCAAGCCAGAUGUAUCAGAGCUAAUGUUUGCUGACUGGGUGGAAUUUACUCCCUAUGAAAUAGGGAUGGCAAAGUAUGGCACAUUUAUGCCUCCUGAGCUUUUUGGAAGUAAGUUUUAUAUGGGAUCAGUUAUUAAGAAAUAUGAAGAAUAUCCACUACGUUUUCUAAUGGGUGUCUGGGGUAGUGCUUUCUCAAUACUCUUCAACAGAGUUCUUGGAGUUUCCAGCCAAAAUGCCGGAUCUACAAUGGAAGAAGAACUGGAAAACAUUAAACCAAAGCACAUAGUGACCAUGGACAAUUCAGACAGCGAUGAUGAACAGCAAGAGCCAAAAGGAAGUGAAAAUGUUGAAGCUGAAGAAGAAUAUCGGAAAAACAACCAAGCCAGCUGGGUUCAACGCAUGUUCAUGGCUCUAAUAAGUGACACUGCCCUAUUCAACACGCGUGAAGGAAGAGCUGGAAAAGUGCAUAACUUCAUGCUUGGUUUGAACCUUAAUGCGUCAUAUCCAUUGUCUCCUUUAACACAGUUUUGUUCCCAAGAGUCUGUAGAUGAGGAUGCGUUGGAUCUAGCAGUAACAGACCCUGAUGAAUUUGAACAGAUAUAUGAGCCACUGGAUGUGAAAAGCAAGAAAAUACAUAUUGUUGAUAGUGGUUUGACCUUCAAUCUACCAUACCCUCUAAUCCUAAGACCUCAACGGGGAGUGGAUUUGAUCAUCUCCUUUGAUUUUUCUGCCAGGCCAAGUGAUUCAAGCCCCCCAUUCAAGGAACUACUACUUGCAGAGAAGUGGGCACGCAUGAAUAAGCUACCAUUUCCAAAGAUAGACCCGCAUGUCUUUGAUAGAGAAGGUUUGAAGGAAUGUUACAUAUUUCGACCAAAGAACCCGUCAAUAGAAAAAGACUGUCCAACAGUGAUUCAUUUUGUUUUGGCUAACAUUGAAUUUAGAAAGUUCAAAGCUCCAGGUGUUCCCAGAGAGACUACAGAAGAAAAAGAUUUUGCAGACUUUGACAUUUUUGAUGAUCCUGAAAGUCCAUUUUCAACAUUUAAUUUUCGGUAUCCAAAUGAAGCAUUCAAAAGAAUGCAUGACCUCAUGGAGUUCAACACACUCAACAACAUACAUGUCAUAAAGGAAGCAAUUCAAGAAAGCAUUGACUACAGAAGGGAGCAUCCAUCACGCUGUUCGGUGUCACUAAGUGAUAUUGAUGCACGGAAAUUCUUUAACAAAAGCAAACCGCAAGACUGAACACUAGAAGCAAAUUGUGAAGGGAAAUGGACCAGCAUGCUAAGGGAAAACACUUUUUCAUAUGCAAUGCAUGUAUAGCCAAGUAAAGAUAUUAUUUAUCAAAAUUGUCAA